GUAAUGACCAGUCUCAGGUUGGGAUCAGGCAGAAGCGUAGUCGAGAACAAGCCAAGGUCGGUAAUGAGCAGUCGCAGGUUGGGAUCAGGCAGAAGCGUAGUCGAGAACAAGCCAAGGUCGGUAAUGAGCAGUCGCAGGUUGGGAUCAGGCAGAAGCAUAGUCGAGAACAAGACAAGGUCGGUAAUGAGCAGUCGCAGGUUGGGAUCAGGCAGAAGCGUAGUCGAGAACAGGCCAAGGUCGGUAAUGAGCAGUCGCAGGUUGGGAUCAAGCAGAAGCGUAGUCGAGAACAAGCCAAGAUCAGUAAUGAGCAGCCACAGGUUGGGAUCAGGCAGAAGCGUAGUCGAGAACAAGCCAAGGUCGGUAAUGACCAGUCUCAGGUUGGGAUCAGGUAGAAGCGAAUAAUCGAGAACAAGCCAAGGUCGGUAAGGAGCAGUCGCAGGUUGGGGAUCAGGCAGAAGCAUAGUCGAGAACAAGCCAAGGUCGGUAAGGAGCAGUCACAGGUUGGGAUCAGGCAGA